CUUAUAAAUGGCGCCCAAGCAGGACCCGAAGCCCAAAUUCCAGGAGGGCAAGCGAGUGCUGUGCUUUCAUGGGCCCCUUCUCUAUGAAGCAAAGUGUGUAAAGGUUGCCAUAAAGGACAAACAAGUGAAAUACUUUAUCCAUUACAGUGGUUGGAACAAAAAUUGGGAUGAAUGGGUUCCAGAAAGCAGAGUUCUCAAAUAUGUGGACACCAAUUUGCAAAAACAGCGAGAGCUUCAAAAGGCCAAUCAGGAACAAUAUGCAGAGAGCAAGAUGAGAGGGGCUUCUCCAGGAAAGAAGACAUCUGGUCUGCAGCAGAAAAAUGUUGAAGUGAAAACCAAGAAGAACAAGCAGAAAACACCUGGAAAUGGAGAUGGUGGCAGUACCAGUGAGACACCUCAGCCUCCUAGGAAGAAGAGAGCCCGGGUAGAUCCUACAGUUGAAAAUGAAGAAACAUUCAUGAACAGAGUGGAAGUUAAAGUAAAGAUUCCGGAAGAGCUGAAACCAUGGCUUGUUGAUGACUGGGACUUGAUCACCAGACAAAAGCAGCUUUUUUUUUUUUUUUUUAAUCUUCCUGCUAAGAAGAAUGUGGAUUCCAUUUUGGAGGAUUAUGCAAAUUAUAAGAAAUCUCGAGGAAAUACAGAUAAUAAGGAGUAUGCUGUCAAUGAGGUAUAAAGGAUUGUAGCAGGGAUAAAGGAGUACUUCAAUGUAAUGCUGGGCACUCAGCUGCUCUACAUUGAGAGACCACAGUAUGCUGAAACGCUUGCAGAUCAUCCUGAUGCACCCAUGUCCCAGGUGUAUGGAGCGCCACACUUACUGAGAUUAUUUGUGCGAAUUGGAGCAAUGUUGGCCUAUACACCUCUAGAUGAGAAAAGCCUUGCUUUAUUACUGAACUAUCUACAUGAUUUCCUUAAGUACCUGGCGAAGAAUUCUGCAACCUUGUUCAGUGCCAGUGAUUAUGAAGUGGCUCCUCCUGAGUACCAUCGGAAAGCUGUGUGA